GUAAAGUCUUAACCUCUAUAGAGAGCUUAUCGAUUUCGAUAUUGCCAUAAUAAACUAAGUGACAAUUGAAAAUAUGAAGCCAAAUUGGACGUCGGUCAGUAACCAAAAUAUCAUAUCUCAAAAAAAGCAGAAGUUAUGUUGAAACAAGAAUUUUUCGCGUCCAAACAAUGAAUUUAGUCUUGAUUGUGUUCACUGUUCACCUGCUAUCUUUGGUAUUGGUAGCUGCAGGUGAUGGUGUUCAAAGGACAUCGAAGACGAUAAAAAGAUCUAUUCCGUAUGUAGGGAAGGAGCAUCAUGAAAAGCUGAUUCCGAUUCAGCUUGAUAAAAAUGGAAGGAACAAACGAGAUUUAUCGACUACAAUGUUUGGACAGGAACAUGCAGAAGCCACGACAUUUUUAUUACAAAGGAAAAAUUCUGAUGAUAUCAUUUUAGAUCUAAAGUUAAACAGAGAAUUGAUUCCUAGGAACAUAGUAGAAGUGACGCACAGUAGAGAUCAUGGCAGGAGGGAACAGCACGUGACACCCGAGCACUGUUACUACCAUGGUUCAGUGCGGGAUAUGGCAGAAUCCCUUGUAACGAUUAGCACCUGUGAUGGUUUGAGGGGCCAUAUUGCAAUAGCUGACCAAACAUAUCAUAUUGAAAGAGACGAUAUUGCAUCCAACACUCACAUACUUAUACCGACGGACAUCAAGUCAACUCGUACAUGUGGCCAUACAAACCUUACAGCGUCCGUUGAAUUUGAAGGAGUAUUUCCACAUGGUCCUACCAAUAAUAUACGCAAGAAACGAAAUGCCAUCACUCAAUUCAACACUGGAGUUGCUACAAGAUAUGUUGAGCUCUUCCUGGUUUUCGAUACAUCCGCAUAUGCAACAUAUGGUUCCCUGGCAGCCACAAGGACAAAGGCGUUGGAGAUAGCGAACGCAGUGGAUGCCUUCUAUAAAAGCUUGAACAUGAGAGUCCCUCUGGUUGGAGUAGAGUAUUGGACAGACAGCAACAGGGCCACCGUAACGUCUAACUAUGAUACCACAAUAGACAAUUUUUGCACAUAUAGUGCUGACUCCAUUCCACGUGAUACAACUGACUUCGAUGUGGCACAUCUCAUCACAGGAGUUGACCUAACAGGCAGUGUUGUGGGUUACGGAACAACAAAUACAAUGUGUAGCACAUCGAGGAACUGUGGCAUUAAUGAAGACAACUCCAUCCUCAGUGGUGUAGCAUCAACUGUGGCACACGAGCUUGGUCACAACCUGGGAAUGUUACAUGAUGAUGGAGGGUCAUGCAGCUGCGAAUGGAGUGGUGGAUGCAUUAUGGCAGCAGUUGGAACUUCAGACCCCCAGGCAUUUACAGAUUGUAGUAAUAAUGCCUUAAACUCCAAUGUGUUUACAUGCCUAAGCGAUGCCCCUACAUCAUUGUACAGUGACCCUGUGUGUGGUAACGCCAUCAAGGAGGCCGAUGAAGAGUGUGACUGUGGCACUGCACAGGAAUGCCCAACCACAGAUCCAUGUUGUGAGGUAGGAACCUGUAAAUUGAAGGCAUCAUCGCAAUGCGGUGGAGGAGAAUGCUGUUCAAACUGUACAUAUUCCAUGCAAGGGACUUUGUGUCGAGCCGCCAAUGGGGAAUGUGAUCUCAAUGAAACCUGCAGUGGAAACUCGGGAGAGUGUCCGACAGAUGUUGAGAAGAUAGAUGGCACGUUGUGUUACAACGACACGGCAUACUGUUAUCGUGGGUCAUGCAUGUCAAGAGACGCUCAGUGCAAGAAUAUAUUUGGACCAAGUGCUAGUAAUAAUGUUGCUUGGUGUUACGAUACUCUGAAUGGCUGGACGGACGCAUAUGGCAACUGCGGAGUUGCAUCCAUUGAUUCACAGGGAACAGAGACAUAUAUUGAAUGUGCCACUGCGGAUAAAAUGUGUGGUAAAAUCCAGUGCGCUCAUCCAGAUCCAGGAGUAGUCCUCCCUGUAAUUGGAGACACGGUCACGGGAACGGUUGUUACAAGUGGUGAUUACAAUUGCAAGGGAGGUGAUGUCGAAUUUGCUGAUAUGCCUAAUCCUGGCUUGGUGGCUGAUGGUACAGAAUGUGGCUCUGGCAUGGUAUGCAAGGCGCAGAAGUGUAUUACGUUGUCAGCUGCAGGUAUGGCCGUCACGUGUAGUUUGGUGAAUGGUAUAGAAUGUGCAGGGCGUGGGACAUGUUCUCAAAGCGGCAGGUGUGUCUGUACUGGGAAUUAUGACGCAGGUACACAUUGCGAAACUGAGAUCGAUCCUGCAACAUUACUAAGAUGUUACCAGUGUUCCGAUUCUGGAUCCUGCGCUACUAACUUCACAUCAAAUGUUACCUCGGUGACGUGCGAAUCCAACAGCAUGAUAUGUAAAGUUGAUAAAUUAACGACUACUAGUGGUUCAUUGCCACAGUUUACAAGAGGGUGCGCCUACGCCAGUGAGUGCUCUGAGGCAUGCCAGACAGCCGCAGGGGUAUCUAGCCUGUGUACUAAAUGUUGCUCGACUAGUCUUUGUAAUACAGACAUAAUGGGGGACGUUGGUACAAUUCCUGACCCCAUUUAUAAUCCCGGAGGAAACUCUGGUCUAAAAGAAUACGCCAGUUUUCUCUCAAUUAUUUCAAGCCUACUGUUUGCGUACAUCUUUUUAAAGGAAUAGGCUAACUCAGUUGAUCUCAAAUUGUAAAAUAAAAUUGUUAAAGUCUUUUUUUAUAUAUUUUUUUAUCAUUAAAU